GAGAGAAGAAGAAGAGGAGGCGGGGACAGCGGGUUGACUCGGGCAUGAAGGGAAGGUUGUGUAGUUUCAUAAGUUAGCUCCAUAUAGCAGAGCCUAUAGCAGCCCCCAGGCUCCAGAAGCAAAGCUUAGACCAGUAUCUAAUAUCACCAUCAUCUCUGAAUGGAUAUAAGUGGCAGGGGUCUGCAGGGAGUCCUUUAUAAACCGGAUCACCUUCACUGCUGUGGAUGUUAGACCAGUCCACGAGUCCAUAGUCUACCACAGGAGAGAGUGUGUGUGUGUGUACAGUUUGUUCACAGGUCCUGAUGGAGAAAACUGCAAGAAAGGUUCGAAACCAGGACAUUAACCCCUGCAUUGAAGAAAGCGAUGCCUCCCAGAAGUGUUUGGAUUUCCACAACUAUGACAAGAACAUGUGUUCAGCAUAUUUCCAGAGAUAUAAGAGCUGUAGGAAAUACUGGCACAACAUCAUGAUGCAGAGGAGGAGAGACGGUGUGAAACCAGACAUGCCCACUGCUGCAGAGAGGCAGGAGCUGCUCGCUGCAAUAGGAGGCAAACCGUACUGAGACUCAGCAGGGUCACACAGAGACACUGAUGUACAGCUGACCCAGAAGAACUCUUUCUGGGUCUGCCGUCUCACUGCAUUGACACUGUGUAAAAACUCAGGAGAUGUGGGAGAGGUUCUGAAGAGUGGAACAUCCAAAAAGAGAAACGGGGUUAUUGUGUGUUGAGGUCUGAUGAGGAUAUGUGAAGUGAACUCAAACAUUGGAAUUAAAAAAACUCUGUGCAGUUUAUUUGUUUUUUUUAAAGUGAAUGUCAAAUGUCCUUAAUGUGACAGGGUUACUGAACCAUUUCACAAUGGUGAGAUCUGUGAUGUGCAUGUUUCAUCAUGAACAGUCACGGUCUUAAAAACCAUGAGACAGACCUCCGGCAUCUGUCAGUCUAAAAUAAGAAAGGAGGAUGACUGACCCUUACUGUUGUGACUUGCUACCUCACUCAGUUUGUACUAUAGAUCAUAUUAGCUGUAUUGUUUUAUCAUUACUUAUAAAUGCUACAUAUCUUUAUCUUUAUUAAGCUGUUGGAUCCCAGAGAAAGCGCUAAGACUUCAUGUGUUAUCAAAGGGGAGUUAAGACAAUUAAAACCCUUCUUUUAUGUGC